UCUUUGCCCUCGUUCCCUAGAGCAGGCUACACACGAGGCUACUAAUCGCCCAGUACACGAGGCGAUUAUCCAACCUCGACGCCAUUCACCCUCGAGCUAUCCUUCUCGCUGCGCACCACCAGCGUCCAGCUCGAAGUUCAACCAUAAAAAUUCCACAAAAACAGUCUUUUCCUCUUUACGUGUUCUCUUUUUAAUCGUCUCUUUACGAUUUAUCCUCUUGUUUUCGAAACGCUUCAAUUGUACGUUUAUUCAUGGCCCCCUUUCGUCGACAGCUCUCGUCGCCCGCCCCGACGAACCCCUCGCAGGGUGACUCGCCCGUCGACCCCGCCUUCUACCACGGCGGUGACCGUCGCUCGAUGCCUUCGCCGUCCUCACCAUCUCCGCUGCCUACCUCGGACGAAGGCUAUCCUUCUUGGCUCCCUAAACGGCCUCCUCCGCCAGCGCCUAGAUCUACUUACCAUUCAUCUAACGCAAACAUGUGGGGUGCCGAUCCAGGUCCGAGCGAACCCCCUGUCUUCUCUGCUGGUCGCAAGCCUACUCCUCGCUCCGUUCGCAUCGUCAGCCUCCAGGACGAGUUCGGUCGACGCGAACCAACUGAACAGACGAGAAUCAGCUCCGCUGCCCAUCCCCAUGGUCAUCACCGCGUUUGGUCUCGCGCAACACCGACUGGCGUGUCCCCGGGCCCGACCGUCUUCUCUCCCACUCUUAUCGACGGGAGCAGGAUAGUAGGUCCCCCACGGCCUCGGUUCAGAGCCUCAGGUCUUCACCUCGAGCUGCUACGGAACCCAUCGUGGAAGUCUCGUCUUCAUUUCUUUCUCUUUCCUCUCUUCGUGUUCGCGCACAUCCCACUUCAAACCUUUUUCGACUUCAAUGCCGUCUUUAUCCUUAUUCAAAUUGCUUUGUUUCCGAAUCCGAUUGCGUCUGGUGUGCCUGGCUCAGGUCGGAAUUGGGCCCUCGGCGCUGCGGCCUACGUAGCUUGUUGGGCGGUUUGGAUCCUGGGGGUCUUCAUCGGCUACGAGCUCAUCUACUCCUUUUACCGCCGUUGGCGAUACAGACGUCCUCUCAUGCUCCCACUUUAUCUCUCUUCUCCGGCCUUCAAUCUUGUGUCAAUGACCUCUUAUAGCAAUUUCUGCUUCAUGCAACAUAUCCGCAACUCUGCAUUUCCCUACGUGAACCAGCACUCCGCUCUUCCCUCUUCCGAAUCAUCACUUCGCGACGGCCUCGCCGAAACCUGUUACUUUUACUCCCAGAACCUACCCACUGUGUCUCUGCUCCUCCCCCGCGCCGGACUCGCACUCGCGCUAUUAUUGUCGUUCUGGAGCCCGGAGCAAUUGCCUGGAGAAUUGACGUUGAGCGAUUUCGAUGCGAGCGUGGGAAGGAGGGACGGGACGUUCUUUGAUCAGAAUGAAGGAACGUUGAGUGGGUACGCGAAGGGUGUGUUGUUAGCGAAUGUGGCAUGGACGGGGUGGAGAAUAUUGGUCCUCCUGAUGAGCUGGGUUGGCGUGUGGAUCUUCAGCGGAUACGGCUGUGCCGGAAUCUGCGGACCUCGCUUCCGCUGGGAAGAAGAAGACGCCGAAAAGACCUUCUCCAUCUACUCCGAAAAAUCCAUCGACGAAGCAGGCGAAUCUUCCCUCCCCUGGACCUGGAAAGAGUGCACCCACCUCCGUAUCCAAGAAGCCUACGAUUUCUGUCUCACGACACGACCGCCGCGCGGGGUCGCUAGCGCAGAUCCUGCUGGUGGUGCCGGAGUUGGAGUUGGUGCGAGGAAUAAGGGGAAGGAACCGUCAGAGGUGCCGUUUUUGCCUAGGCAGGAAGAUAUCGGGGCGGGCGGGUUUGAGGGGAUGGAGCAGGUUUUGGCGGCGGUGGGGUUGGGAAGUCCGGGGCCCGUACAUCAUGCGAGACGGGGGAUGCUUUCGCAGGAUUUGUUCGAGAGUCCGAAGGAUGAGGAGCGUGAGCGGGAACUUCCUGUGCGGGAGAUCGAGGAAGUGCCGGCGGUGGAGAGGAAGGCGUCGACGGAGGUCAGUGUCAUUCCGAGGGUGGAGAGGACGCCGGAGAAGGACGAGGGGCCCUUGGCCGUUGGGAGUCCGCUUUUGGCGGCACCGUAUCCUUUUACGGGCUUUGGCGGCAAGAACGGCGAGAGGAAGAGCUCGGAUAGUCCCAAGUCGGAGCAAAUUCCGUUCCCUCCUUCGCCUGGAAUCCACCCGGAGGAAACUGAUGAGGUCGAUGAGGAUGAAGAAGAAGAGGAGGGGGAGGGGGAAGAGGAGGAAGAUCUGACAGGCUCUCGUCGCGAACUGGGAUACGUCAACGAGGAUGAAGAAGAAUCCUCCGCCGAGCCUCGCACCUCCAACUCGUUCUCCAAUUCCGGCCGUGCAUCCAACUCGCUCUCCUCCCUCGGCCAACCCAUUCCUUCUCGUUAUCCCUUCCAAUUCCGCUACCCAGGUCGCGGCGCUUCCGUCGCCUCGUCUUCCGGCCACACCGGUACGGGGACAAACCACUCUCGCGGCACGCCCCAGUCCAAGUCGACAUCGACGAGGAACUCGAGGAGUACAAGAAGCACAGGCAACGUCGAGAGCAGCUCAGACUCACAUUCGCCUAGGAGCAGAGCCGGGAAUUCGAGUAGUGCGCCGAGUCCUGUCGUUGGGAUCCCCAUGCCACCGAGACACCCUGGUUCGUCAGCUGGCAAUGCAGCGCAAAGAAGGCAGCGUUCGGGUACGGUGCCCAUUCCUGCGUCGCCCACUCCUGGUCCACUUCCGCUGUCCUAUCCACCAAGUCUCCGUCCCCGCGCACGCACGAGGACCGAAUCGGACCGCUCCACUGGAAUCUUGUACGAGUCCGAUAUCGAAGAGGAGCCCGUGGGACGCCUCGAACUUGGCUUGGGCGAACCCUCAGAGGGUCGUCGUACGCCCUCUCGUACCGGCCAAACGGACUCUCCCGAUCUCGAGGCGCUCGAGCAAGACGACAGCGUAGGCCUAUUGUCUUCCGCCCCGAGUCCGAAAUCUUCUUCUGGUGGGUUGAGGGCCAGAGCCGGAAGUAUCGUGUCGUUGACGAGGAGAGCCAAUGACUCGAGAUCGAGGCAUAAUAGCUCUGGGAGUGGGUCUGGGUCCAGGAGCGAUUCGAACUCGAGACAUCAUUCCACGCAUUCCAACGCUGGCGGACCUACCGCUUCGGCCGUCUCUCUCGCUCUCGCACGUGGAGAACUCAUGCGCCAACGUACACAAUCCCUCAUCCAUAGCAUCGGAUCUGCUUCUCGUUCCAGUAUCGAACUCGUCGCCGGCUCGGGAAAUCGUCGAAGUCGGGCGCAAUCCGUCGUGAGGCUCGAGGAUUACGAGGAGGCUGGGAUGUCUAGUCCCAGUUCACCUUAUUUCUCGGAAGAGGGUGGUUUGAGCAGUCCAGAGAACCAUACCUUCGGACAACCGAGUGCGCCGCUUGCGAGGAGGUUGAUCGAGAGACAGCAGAGGAGGGAGGUUCACCAGCAGAGAGAAGGUACGAGAAGCCUGGAGAGGUCAAGGUCUCACUCUGGUGGUGAGAGUGAGGUAGAAAGAUCGCCGGGACACGAGCAUGAGGAACGCGAGGUCGAGAUCGAGACUGAUAAGGAAUACGAUGGCCAGUUUGGAGAGGAUGACCUGACGAUGUCUCAGCCUGGCUCUAUCUUGGCUGGUUCAGGAUCUGGGUCGCCAAAGUCUAGCCAGUCUGGGGGGCGUGGUCGUAGUCGUCCUGAAUCGCCACGUACCAGAGUGAUAUCCACCGUGUCGCGCACCGCACCCUCCGAACGCACUAUCUCGCUCUCUGUCGACCCGGCACCGCAUCAACCGACGGUCAGCAUUUCGCCACCUCCGACCCAACCAGUCCCGACGCCUUCAGGCUCAGCGCACCCGACUAGACCGACCGCGCCCGGCCGCACGAGUACCGCGUUCUUCUCGUUCGGGCCCGGAGACUCAGGCAGCGAGCCAGAGUUGAUCAGUACGGCGGCGCCUUCGUUCGUUACUGCUCCGCCAACCGUCGAGGAGCAGACUGAGUCCAGUGGGGCAACGCCUUCGAGCUGGGGAAACAUGGGGCAUUACAUGGAGGGAAGAGAAGGAAGACCCAUGUAAUACGACGUCCCGAACCCUUGCCCUGUCAUGACGCUGUCAUGAUCAGGGUUCAUUUGAACCUGCCUGAACCUGCAAGGUAACCUGCCCGCUUCUUGCUUGCAGGCAGGUGGGCGCAUGUUUGUAUCGACUUUUUUCUUGCAGUUUUUUCUCUCCAUUUCUCGUUCCCUCUGUUCAUUGCUCGCAACCCUCUGUGCUCAUACCUUUCCUGCAUUGCUUAUUAACCUGUAUAUUUACUUAUUGUUUCAAUUGCCUUGUAGACUGUCUCUCAUACUUCCUCGUCCUCGUGCUUGUCCUCAACCCUGCUUCGAUACUAAUCUAUGCCACCCACUGCCCCGUCGACCAUGUCUCCAUCUUCACACCACUAUCUUACGUUUCCCACCAUCUUCCACCGGUCCGCCACACUCUCACCCGUCCAAACCUGCGAUUCCUUCUUGUUUCAUGACCUUGUCCCAUUGUCUCCCUUCCUCUGGAAUAUCUUGGUCUCCCUGCGAUACCUCUGACCACGGCCUGCUACAGCUGACGACCUCAUUCGACGAUCGAACUCUCGGCCUUUCUCCAUACCUCCGAGCUUCUAUCUAUCAGCCUCCUUAUUGUCAAGUUACGCAUUAUAUGAUCCUACGAGCUUGUCCUUGGGUCUGUCAGAGUCUCUGUACUUAUCCGUGGUUUGCAUACCACACUCUACCGCGUACAUAACACCCGUACGAGUACCAUUAAAUCAAUGUCCCCCCUUGAAGUUUCCCCUCCGCCCCCUUCUGUUACGGUACUGUUAAGUAGUUGACUAA